UGAGGGGUCAAGGUCGUAGCUGCUACAGUCCUGAAAGGUCAAGGUCGUAGCUGCUACUGUAUUCGAAAGGCCAGGUCUGCAGACUUCCGGAAGGUCCCAGUAGUGGCCUUUCGAAGUUUGCUCACGUUUAGACAGAGGCAAGUGGGCAAGUGGUGAGCCCAACUGUGUCUUGUGACUGUUGUUGUGGUUGUUGUGGUGGUUAUGGUUGUUGUUGUGAUGGUUGUUGUGGUGGUUAUCGUUGUUGUUGUGGUGGUUGUUGUUGUUGUGGUGGUUGUGGUGGUGGUUGUUGUGGUGGUGGUUGUUGUUGUGGUUGUUGUUGUGGUUGUUGUUGUGGUUGUUGUUGUGGUUGUUGUUGUGGUUGUUCUGGUUGUUGUUGUGGUUGUGGUUGUUGUUGUUUUUGUGGUGGUGGUUGUUGUUGUUGUCGUGGUGGUGGUGGUGGUGGUGGUGGUGGUGGUGGUUGCAGUGGUUGUUGUGGUUGUGGUGGUUGUUGUUGUGGUGGUGGUUCUUGUGGUUGUUGUUGUGGUGGUGGUUGUGGUUGUGGUGGUGGUGGUGGUGGUGGUGGUUCUUCUGGUUGUGGUUGUGGUGGUUCUUGUGGUUCUUGUGGUUGUGGUGGUUGUGGUGGUUGUUGUGGUGGUGGUUGUUGUUGUUGUGGUGGUUGUUGUGGUGGUGGUGGUUGUUUUUGCGGUUGUUGUUGUGGUUGUUGUUGAUGUUGUUGUUGUUGUGGUUGUUGUUGUGGUGAUUGUUGGUGGUGUGGUUGUGGUGGUGGUGGUUGUGGUUAUGAUGGUUGUUGUGGUGGUGGUUGUGGUUGUUGUUGUGGUUGUGGUUGUGGUUGUGGUUGUGGUUGUUGUGGUGGUGCUGGUGGUUGUGAUUGUUGUUGUGGUUGUGGUUGUGGUGGUGGUGGUUGUGGUUGUGGUGUUAGUGGUGGUGGUGGUGGUUGUGGUUGUGGUUGUGGUUGUGGUGGUGGUUGUGGUGGUGGUGGUGGUUGUGGUGGUGGUGGUGGUGGUGGUGGUGGUUGUGGUGGUGGUGGUUGUGGUGGUGGUGGUGGUUGUGGUGGUCGUGGUGCAGUGCCAGGCCCUUAGCAGUAUGCCAUAGCCUCGGCCUGAUUGACGAGGAAGAAGGAGGCCAUGGCCAUGGUGGACCUCUAGUUAUGCCAAGCAGUAG